AUGGAACCAUUGCCUGGAACUUAUAAGGCCACCAUCAAGCUUAUUGAAUCAGCUCGGCUUACUCCAACCGAGCACUCGAUCUGGAGAGCCUUUUUAGACGAGGCCGUGAACGCGGAAUGCGCCGCCCAAUAUAUCUGGCAAAGAAUCCAUAAUGGUUCGGGACAUCCUCCCGAGCAGGUAUUGGGCGAGCUCAAACUCCAAUGGAAGCAAGUUGUCACUAAACUGGCGAAGCCAGACCAAGUGUGGCCCAAGGAACAAAGCCUGGUCGAAGCUCGGGACGAUUUGCACUGCUUCAUGCUGGAUCAGAAGCCAUCGGGUCCAAAUGCAUCCACUCGUUUUGAUCAUGCCUGGGUGAUCCCACCGAGCCUUUUUGAUGGCAGUGACAUGGAUCCGCAGGGUCCGCUAUAUGCCCUUCUACAAGCAUUUUUGACCCCUGCCAUAACUUCCAAGCUUCAGACCAUUCUGCGAACUAAACAAACGGACGCUCGCCUAAGAAACCUGUUCCUGCUCUCUCCUAGCGUUCAUUUGGCUUUUAGAAAUGGACACAUCCAAAUCUUUCCUAUAACUGACACCGAAGACCGUUGGAAUGAUGAAACCGAGACCAGAAUCAAAACAGCGAGCAAAGUUUAUGUCUGUGAUUCCAGGGAUCUUGGAUUACACCACAAACUAUUCCCCGAGCCUUGUACCUCGCUCUUCCUCAGCGAUGGCAGCUUAUGGGACCGGACAAUGCAGAUGUUCAUAAUGGAAACGCGGGACGUCAGUCUACCUCUUCCAGAUCCAUUCCUAUUACGGACACACUUUCGCAUGGCAGCGUCGUUGCAUUUAUUCCACGUCGAAGAACAAAUUUCUAAGGGAUGGCCCUCACCCUCGUUCGCAACAACACAGAAGAAAUUACGCUCUGUCUGGUACCUUGUACCAAAGGUGAUACGUGUCCAAUGUUAUCAUGUGCUCCUGAAAAUAGGCAGCCUACUCUACCCACGGACUUUCACAGGCCUCGUGCACCAGCUUCCGUUCGGGCUGUAUGCAAAAAGAUGUACUCGCUCACCUCUUAACGAGACCGAGACAUUGCGCCUAGUCGAAAACUACAGUUCAAUCCCCGCACCUCUCUGGGUGGAUAAUUACCAAGGAACGCACUACAUCCUUAUCAUGACAACCGUGCCUGGACAAACACUGGAGACAGUGUUCCACCGACUCUCAUACUCGGAACGUGACCAGCUAUCCAAAGACUUGAAGCACAUUUUGCCGCAGCUUCGGUGCAUUCCAAACCAGACUUCAUACGCCUUCAGCAACAGUCACGGAGGCCCGCUAACAGAUCAUCGUUUGCCAUCCGGUACAUGUGGCCCGUUCCGUUUGAUUUCCGAAUUCCACGCUUUCCUCGUCCAUAAAUACGUGCGCGUGGAGACGAAAGAAAAGAUUUCGGCCGUCCAUGACCGUCAAUACCGCUCAGUCUUCACCCAUGCGGAUCUGCACCCUAGUAAUAUUAUUAUUGAUCGCGGACGCCUGUCGGGAAUUGUGGAUUGGGAAUGCGCUGGCUUUUAUCCCGAGUACUGGGAGUUUACGAAGGCAAUGUAUGGCGCAGAACGGUUCCCGGAAAUUCGACAGGUUAUUCGUGAUGCGUUCUCAGGGGAUAGUUAUGAAUCGGAGUUGGAGGCUGAGACGCUACUAUGGAAUGACACACCGCUGGGUAUAUAG